AUGGCACCAAAGCCGAAAGCCAAACCCAAGGCUCAGCAACAGACUCCGCAAACCGAGCAUCAAAAGAUCGCGGAGCAAUGGGCUAAAGCUGAGCGCGCGCGAGCUGCUCAGCAGACCGCCAAUGCCAAGUUUGGACUCCCACCCGCUGAUGAGAACGUCGAGGUUCUAGAGCAACGACGCGAAGCACUCGACCAGAGAAGACGCAAAACAAACGAGAAGAGUUGGCGAUGGGCUGCCGGAUUUUGGGUCGUUGUACUCGCUAUCCACGCGCUUGGAAUCUGGCUCUUUACUGGUGGCUUUCUGCUGACGCGGUUGGUGUUGGAGGACAAGUCGAACUGUACUAUACCUCCAAUUGACAACACCAAGGGCUUAUUGAACGUCGAUCGGGGUUGCUGGCACCCUAAGUCGUUUGAUCGAGCUGUUGUAGUCCUCAUCGACGCGCUUCGCUACGAUUUUACCGUUCCCGAGGAUCCGGCGCAGGCUCAGCAUUUCCACAAUGCCUUUCCCUACCUCUACGAGACCGCCGUCAAGUCCCCUCAGAAUGCCUUCCUUCGACCUUUCAUCGCGGAUCCACCCACGGCUACAAUGCAGAGACUCAAGGGUCUUACGACAGGAACGUUGCCGACCUUUGUCGACGUUGGAAGCAGCUUCGGUGGCUCUGCUAUCGAUGAGGACAACCUGUUGAUGCAGCUGAAGGACGCCGGCAAGAAGAUUGCUCACAUUGGCGAUGAUACAUGGUGGUCUCUUUUCCCGGGUUACUUUGAGCCCAACAUCAGCAAGGCUUACGACAGCUUCAACGUCUGGGAUCUUCACACUGUCGAUAAUGGUGUAGUUGACAACAUAUUCCCAUUGCUGAAGCCAGAGCGAAAGGGCGAUUGGGAUCUUCUUAUUGGACACUGUCUCGGAGUUGAUCAUGCAGGCCACCGAUACGGACCCGAUCACCCUGCCAUGGGUGCAAAGCUUCGCCAGAUGGACGAUUUCAUUCGCAAGAUGGUCGAGAGCAUAGACGAUAAGACUCUUCUAGUCGUUAUGGGAGACCAUGGCAUGGACAGCAAGGGUGACCACGGAGGCGAGAGCGACGACGAAGUUGAAGCCGCUCUCUGGAUGUACUCCAAGAAGCCCUUCUUUGGUAGAACUUCCCGCGACUUUGCUGUUCCUCCGGCCAAUGCCAAGAUUCGCCCCGUGAACCAGAUUGAUCUUGUUCCUACUCUCGCUCUCCUUUUGGGUAUUCCCAUCCCGUUCAACAACUUGGGAGGACCCAUUGAAGAGGCCUUUGCUGGUGUAAAGGGCAACGACUGGCGUAACCUUGCUGCCGUCUCGCGAGUUACUUCAGCUGGUAUUGAGAGAUACCAAGCAGCUUACCACAAGGCUCGUGGUCUUGUCCAGGCGGAAGGAAUUGAGUCACCUGCUGCUCUCUGGCAAGCUGCUCUUGCCAUUGCCAAGAACGACCGCGAUGCUUAUGCUGCCUUUUCCAAAUUCCAGGAGAGUACGCUAUCUGUUUGCAAAGACCUUUGGGCCCGCUUCGAUGUUCCCCGCAUGGUCAUGGGCAUUGUCGUCUUUGGCUUUGGCCUUGUCCUGCUCAUGAUGUACUCGUCUCGCGAUGAGGAGGACGAGUACGUCAUCAUGAACGACGCUGAACUCGACUACGCGGAGAAGAAGCUCGAGCUCCUGUCUUUCAAGGAGAACGACCCCGAGGUUGAGGAUAACUUCCAUAAGAACGUGCUCAAGGGUCUUUGGGACCCCAAGAUCUUGUUCACUGUUUCUGUUCUCACUGCUGUCGGCAUGUAUCGUCAGCACCCUAUUGAAGGCCUUGUUGCGCUCGUUGCUGUACUUUUCAUGGCUGGCCUCAGCGCAUCCCUUCACGAGGCGGGCAAGACCAUUCUCAAUGUCUUCCCCUCGUCUUUCUGGGGCUGGAUGGCUGUGGUCUUCACUGUUAGCCAGUCUAUUGGAUUCGCAUCCAACUCAUACACUAUCUGGGAAGACUCGAUUCUCCUCUUCUUCAUCACCACUUUCGGUAUUGCCAGCGCUGUCUCUGCUUUCCGAAUUGAAUCUCGACGUGAGAGAUACCUGGGUAUCUACCACUCUGUUGCCUUUGUAGUCUUCGGCCGUAUCGCCUCUUACUCAAAGCUCUGCCGCGAGGAGCAGAUGCCCUACUGCACUUCCACUUACUAUGCUUCCUCCACCUCCUCCACCUCUGCGACGUGGCAACUACUCAUUCCCUUUGUUGUCUGCCUUGUCCUUCCCGCCAUCAUCAAGUCUUUCCUAGUUACAAGCCGAUCAUACGAGGGCAUUGCCCCUACGUGGAUCGGCUUGGUUAUCCGCGGAGGCUUAUUCCUCUCUGCUUUGUACUGGGUUAUUGACGCUGCCGACAAUGGAGGCUGGCUCGAGGGACGACUCGGCGAUGGAGCCUUGAAGACCGUCGGUGUCUACCUGGCUCAAAUCGUUCUCGCUCUAGCUUUUGUCGCUGGAAGCACCGUGUUUGUCUGGGCUCCUCCCUGUGUGUCUAUCCUUCAAUCCUCUGGAGCUGCCGGUCGACCAAUUGUUACUAUCAUUGGGUACGGCAACGCCAUCGGUGCUCGCUAUCUGCUGUUGCCUCUCAACAUCCUCUUGGGCUGUUUCCUCCUCACGAAGCCCAUGGGAGGUGGUGCUCUUGCCAUCAUGUUCUGGCAGAUCCUCACGUUAGCUGAGCUUCUUGAUCUCAACGAGCUCAAGACAAGCCCUAUUGGUCCUGUUAUGCUCGCAAUCCUUGGAAACUUUUACUACUUCAAGACGGGUCAUCAGGCCGUUCUGUCCAGCAUCCAAUGGGACAGCGCCUUUAUCCCCCUCUUCACCAUCCGCUACCCUUGGACGCCUAUCGUUGUGGUUCUCAACAGCUUCGCUGGUCAGAUCAUCGCCGCCGCAUCUGUGCCACUAUUGGCUCUGUGGAAGGUUGGUCCUAAGCAGAAGGGAGUCAUGGAGACAGCUACCCGCAGCAUUGGCGUUUUCGUCAUCUUUUACGCCGUUGAGGCCCUGGCCACCAUGAGUUGGGCUGGCUGGCUCCGUCGCCACCUGAUGCUCUACCGUGUGUUCAGCCCUCGUUUCAUGCUUUCCAGUACUGUUCUUCUUGUACUUGACUUGGUGAUCAUCCUGGUGACCAUGACGGGUUUAAGAAGCAACAUGAUGUCUCUUGGCGAGGUGUUUGGAUGGGCUGAUUAG